AUGGCAAUCUUGGAGGCGUUGAAAGCACAGUUUGCCGCCCCCCAAACGAAUGAACAGGACAAAGACCAAAAGCUAUAUAAGCUUGAGGGGCAGAAUGCAGCCUUUCAGGAAUCCUUGACAGUACUCGGGGACUUCCUUCAGGGACAAAGCUCUGGCCUGCGUACGAGGCUGACGGAGAUACACCAAACCCGGCUUCAGAUCUCUACACCCCUGUGCUUCAUCAACAAGCUUCCCAGUGAAGUGCUACAUGACAUCCUCCUCGAGGCAAGCCAGUAUUAUGGGCAAAUCAUGAAUGCAAAUUCUGUCAAUAUCAACUAUGCACCAUACUUUGCGCUCCAGCUCACCCACGUCUGUCGGUAUUGGCGAAUAUUAGCCAUUAACUCACCCGCUAUCUGGGAGACUAUUGUGCUUAGUCCAGGAGCUGUUCAUUGUGCACGUAAAAAAGGGUUCUGGGAGACCAUUUCCAUCUACACGCAGAAUACUCCGGUUCAGAUUAUCAUCAGCGACAGCGAGAUCCCCCGCAAGCUGAUGGAACAUAAUCCAGCCCUUUGGAGUGUUUACUCCCCCGAGGAACUCAUUUACGAGAGCUCGGUUCGAGAGUCUUUUUACGAUUUAAAAAGCUACGACCUACAUGGUCUGAAACACGUCAAGUCUAUCGUGAUAAACGUCUGCUCCGAACCCAAUCUUGAGAGACUUCUGGACACACACUAUGACAACUUGGCCUGUUGCUGCGAUGAGCUAAAAGUGUUAGGAAGUGGUGACGGUAUCUCGCAGUUUGUGCUCAACUUGAGUACGCUACUGCAUCACUUCGAUGCCAAAGUGGUGAAAUGUGAAGAUACGGAAAUCGUGGUGAGCUCGGAGAGGUUUGUCCAAGGACGAGCCCUCAAAGAGAUUCAUCUCUCUAACAUCAACGAUAUUCCUCUGGAUCUAAUUCUAGAAGAAUUUCAGGAGAUCACUGUCCUUUGCUGUACUCAAUCUAUCCUCGAGUGGAACACAGAGCAGAUGUUGGCCCACUCAAGGCUCCAAAAGCUGAAACUAGAGGACAGAUUGUCUACAGAUUGCCGCUGGUUGGAUUAUUUGCACUCCCCAGCGCUGAACGACCUCGAUACUCCAAACUGGGCCUCCGACGAGGCCUUUAUCGGGCUUCUCGCUCGUUUACCCAAACUCAGAAGAAUUAAUCUGGGUAAAAGUGACGACAGGAGGCUUCUACAACUUAUGGAGCAUCUUCCCAGAAUCACCAAUCUGGUCGUCUCAUCAGAUGCGCUUACUCUGCUUUAUGAUUGGACGUCGUAUGGCCUAUCAAAGGUCCCGUUUCCGAUGUUGGAAUCACUGGAGAUUGUUGCUUUCGAUGGCAAAACGCAUACGCUUCUUCCUACCAUCCAAGCACGGUGCUUCCCACCUGUAUUGUCGCCGAAGGAAUUCAGUGCUCAGAUUUCCACCAUUUCUGUCCAGGUUAUUGGUGGGCGGGACAACAUUGAGUCGUCUCUUAGUGACUCUGACUUGUUCAACUUGAUGGAUGUCAAAUGGGAGGGACAAGCACUGACCCUUACCGUGCAGAAUGCACGUCGACGAUACAUGUAA